AUGGAACGAGCGAGCAACGACAGCGCACACGGCGAUGAGCUCAGCCUUGAGCUUACCCUGGCCGCCGAGGCGCCGGCGCCUGGCACACCGGACGACUUCUUCCUCUGCAUCCACUGCGACCGCAAGUUCCGCGGCUCGCAGGCGCUCGGCGGCCACCAGAACGCGCACAAGCAAGAGCGUGCCAUCGCCAAGCGCCGGCGAGAAGCUGCCGCGGCAGCCACCCGCACACAGGAAUCAAGGUCAAAGAAGGCGGGGAGGCAUGCUGCUACUGCUACUCGGAUGCCCGAGCCUGCAGAGGGAAAGCAGGGCGGGAGCUCGUCCAUGUGUGGCGACGACGAUGAGGUGGACUUGUCUCUCCGGCUAUAA